GAACCGAGUGGUUCGGUUCGACGGCAUCUUAAAUUGGGUUUUUUUAUUUUUUUUUGGCCGAAAAGCAUAUUAAAUUGAUGGAAUCAGAAGUUGCUUAGUUUUCUGGAAACUUUGGGUUUCGAAACCUCGAAUGAAGAUGAAGAAUUUCUCCGUCGUUGUUUUCACUCUUCUUCUGCUUUCUGCGUUUUGCGAUUUGGGUCUUUGUAGAGGAGAUGAUUUCCUAAGGAUGAAACUCGGAGGCUUUCACGAUUGCAAGGGCACCCAGAACAGCGCCGAGAUCGAAAGUCUUGCACGGUUCGCUGUUCAAGAGCACAACAAGAAAGAGAAUGCCCUGGUUGAGUUUGCAAGGGUGUUGAAGGCUAAGGAACAGGUGGUUGCUGGUAAAAUCUAUUAUCUUACUUUGGAAGUGAUUGAUGCGGGUAAGAAGAAGAUAUAUGAAGCCAAAGUAUGGGUGAAGCCAUGGCUGAACUUUAAGCAGUUGCAGGAAUUCAAGCAGGCAGAGGAAGGUCCUUCCUCGUUUACCCCUUUAGACCUUGGUGUCAAAAGAGCUUAUCAUGGAGAAGGAUGGCAAGCAGUGCCAACUAAUGAUCCUGAGGUCCAAAAUGCUGCAAAUCAUGCUCUUAAGUCCAUUCAGCAAAGAUCCAACUCAUUGUUCCCAUAUGAGCUUACAGAAAUCUUGAAUUCUAAGGCCAAGGUUGGCAUCUCGGCAUUUGCUUUCUUCCCAACCAGCCUCUCCGUUUAGUUUGGUUUUAUUUUUUAUAUAUUUGGUAACUAUUACUAUAUUUAAAUAUCAGAAUUCAAUAUAAAAAUUGGAAUUUAUU